AUUAGAGUGGAUGAAGCUUAUCUUUUUGAAUCUGAAGGCUUAGUGCUGCAUAAAGACCCCCGGCAAGUAUGCCUGUGUCUCCUAGAUAUUGGAAGAAUUGUAUCCAGAUAUGGAGUUGAACCACCAGUCCUGGUAAAGCUAGAGAAGGAAAUUGAACUAGAAGAAACAUUGCUCAUGGAAUCUGGACCACUGGCCCCAACAACAAUCCAAAAAUCUUGCUGUCACCAUGAGUUACAUGAAGCGGUGACUCACAUUGCUCAGGACCCACCCUGCAAUUGCUCUCACCGCUUCUCUAUUGAGUACUUAUCAGAG